CUUUUACAACGGCUCACGGUAUAGUUCUGUAUCGUGAAUAUCACUUCUUCAUCUGGAGACGACAAGCACAAUGCUAUCAAGUGCUCCGCUAUGGAUCUUUCUCUCAUCACUGGGGCAUGUAAUUGCCGAUGAGGAGUCGACCAAGCUAGUCUGCGAAACGUCAACGUUCUCAGCUCCGGUGGUACCAGGCGCCAAAGUAUUGUCCAUCACAGCCGAGGAGAAGCUCAAUGUCACGACAAGAACAGCAACACCGGUCCUGCCGCCUGUUUCGGGUCUGGAUUACUGUGAGGUCAAAGUGUAUUUGACCCAUCCUGGAGCCGAUGACAAAGUUCUUGUUGAGACCUGGCUGCCAAUCUCUCGCGAUGCAUGGAAUGGACGCUUUCAAGCUACUGGAGGCGGCGCUUUCGCCACAGGCAUGUUCGAUUUCACGUUGGGUUACCCUUUGAAGGAUGGAUAUGCUGCGGCCUCGACUGAUGGUGGACAUCCGCCGGAUUUCUUGUCAGCGGACUGGGUCCUCAAUCCCGAUAAGAGCAUAAAUUGGCCUCUGCUCCAGAACUUCGCUUCCCGCAGUAUAGCAGACGAAGUCCAUGUCGGCAAAAGUAUAGCAGAGCAAUACUAUGGCAAGAAGCCGCACCAUUCGUAUUAUUCCGGCUGCUCCCAGGGAGGGCGUCACGGGUUCGCUCUGGCCCAAAAAUAUCCCGGCCUUGUUGAUGGUAUCAUGGCGAGUGCCCCUGCUCUCAAAUUUGCGAAAACUGCGAUGGGUGCCAUAUGGCCUCAAGUUGUCAUGAGUGACGAAAACAUCCUCAUCAGCAAUUGCGAAAUGGCAUGGUUCGAUGCCAAAGCUGUGGAGGAAUGUGAUCUGGUCGAUGGAGCCAUUGAUGGAAUCAUUGGAGAUCCGGACGCAUGCAACUUUGAUCCAGCAACCUUCGUUGGCAAGAAGAUUCAAUGUGGCUCAUACGAGGUGACGAUCACACAGAAAAUAGCGAGUGUUGUGAAAAGAAUCCGAGAAGGACCAUCAACGCUUUUUGGGGAGAAUAUAACACCCGGUUAUCCUUAUGGACUAUCCGAAAACUUUUUGAUGAACGUCACGAUCGAUGCCGAUGGCGUCCGCACCUCACAUCCAUCUGCGAUGUUGGACGUCUGGCCACGGACUGUACUCGUGAAGGACCCAGCAUUCAACGCCUCCAAACUAUCAUACGCCGAAUACCUUGGUCUCAUAUUACAGACAAGCGAGCAACAUGGAUGGCUUCUCGACUCAUAUGAUACAGGUCUGACCGCGUUCCGUGAUGCUGGUGGCAAGUUUAUCAGCUGGCAUGGCAUAAAUGACCCCAACAUCCCGUACAAGCUUAGCACUGGAUACUGGGAGAGAUUGGGGUUGGAAUUUGGCGGAGCAAAGGCAGUCAAUGAGUUUUUCCGCUUGUUCCUUGCACCAGGCGUCGAGCAUUGUGGAUUCGGUCCAGGUGCAGCACCCAAGGACCCUCUUGCGCAAUUGGUUGACUGGGUCGAGAAUGGAGAAAUACCGGAGACACUCCAAGCGGAGACAGUGGAUGCAGAGGGGGAGCUGAUCACAAGGGAUCUUUGCCUCUAUCCUAAAACGAUCAAAUAUAUGGGUCUAGGCGACGUCAAACGAGCAAGCAGCUGGAGCUGCGAAGGGGGAGAGGAUGAGGAAGAGACUUUGGAGAACCAUGGAAGCUUCUUGGGGGGCUUCAAGGAUCGAAUUGAGCAAGCAGCAUUAGGACUAGGGCUGAAAGUUACUUGAAAUCACAGGGACCAAGCAUACACUUCAAUAAUGGCCAUUGAAGGAGCAACGACAUACUAGAGGAUAGGCAGCUGUGAAUGGGACAAAAGUGAUAUUUCUGCAGACUAUGCUAGACUAAAACGUUAUCCAGAAAUAUUGAAUCGCCUGUUCUUCCUGC